UUAAAACUUUCCCUGGCAGUGAUGCCAAUGUUCGAUCCCUUUUGGGAAAAUGGUUGUUGUCAAACCCUUUGUCCUGCGGAGUACUUAAGAAAUUGUGAGAUUCGGAAAUUGAAAUUUCUGGUAUGUGCCUCGAACCGAGUGUCGAACCUGACUGGGUGUAGCCACGCGAAGUGGUGGCCGAGCCCGCACGCCCGUGCUGAGAGACGUGAGGCCAACUGCAGUGGCCGAUCGUUGACUCGCAUGAGAGCUGUCGCCGUC